ACUGCAGCGCUUCAUCGUGUCGUGAUCCCAACACUUGAGCCCCGCCGAUGUAAACGUGCCGCAUUUCUGCAUUAUUCGCGGCAAAGAAACGCCAUCACAAUACCACAGAAACUCAAAGCGUCGCUUCUGCUGAAUCGUUGUGAAAACGCAGCAGAAAACGGGCAAGUCGCUCAACAUUCGUGUUACAACAGUUGUGUGUUUCGGCAGUAUUAUCUGAAGCUCAAUUCAACGAACAACCGUCAGCACACCACGACCGUGUACUAAAACGUCGAAAAGAACCAUGGGUCGCACGAAGGAACCGAAAAAUACGAACGGAAACAGCGAUGACAGCGACACGGAGGAGGAGUACGUUGUGGAGAAGAUUGUGGACCGCCGGGAGCGCAAGGGUAAGGUGGAAUACCUGCUGAAAUGGAAGGGGUACGACUCGAGCAGCAACUCGUGGGAGCCGCGUGAAAAUCUCGACUGCCCGGAGCUGAUCAAAGCGUUCGAACAGUCGCGCACCGAUGCGAACAAAAAGGAGUCCAGCAAAAAGCGAACGGCGGGCAAGAAAAAGCGAACCGGCGGCGAUUCGGACGAUGCCGACGGUUCGGAUGAUGAAGGUGCGCGGGACGGUGACGGUGCGUCGACGAAAUCAUCCAGCAAAACCCGAUCGAAUGACGAUGACGCGCGGUCGGCCGAUGCGGAGCAGGUCGAGGAGAUGAACGGGUUCGAGAAAGGUUACAUCCCGGAGAAGAUUCUCGGCGCAACGGAGGGUGACAAGGAGCUGCUGUUCUUGAUUCAAUGGAAGGACAAGGAUCGGGCGCAGCUGGUCAAGUCGAAGGACGCGCGGAAGCAUUGCCCACAGCUUGUAAUAGACUUUUACGAGGAGCGCCUGAUCUGGCAGUCGGUCGACACAUCGUAAGGCCUUCGGUCCGGCCGUUCCGCAAUGCGCGAUUCACGACCAGAUUGGCCGGAUGCGGUCGUCUGCAAGUUGGUUGGUGUGGAGUUUUAGUUAAUAGGAGUCUUUGACUACGUCUUUUCUCCCCCCCCCCCCCCUUCCUUACUUUAUCUCAUUUCUAUUACUUUGCGACCAAUAACAAAUAUGUUGGCAAAUUAUAAUACUUGAAUUAUCAGAAAUACAUGUAACAUUAGUUCCGUUGAUAGUAGGCGCGUUUUACUGUGCGACCGGGAAGAAGUGGACGAGCCCGACCCGGAAAUCUGAGCGAGCUAUAGGAGGUACAUUUAACAAUGGUUUUUAUUUGCCAUCUUAAAUUUAGACUUCGGUUUAGAAGUAAUUACAGUGAACGAUACACACACACACAAACAACGGUACACAUGCUCUCUACACACAUGGUAAUGAAUUCCAAUCGGUUUGCCGCAUAUAUCUUCAAACAGUUCUCUCUAACUUCGGUCUGGAAUUUUCAUCUAGCGCUCGGGGAAAUGUAUAUUCGCGUUCGAACAACAAAGAAGUCGCCUGUCUUGAGGCAGCCAUACUGCAAAAACAUGUUCCAAUGUGUACUGUGUUGAGAUGAUUUCGAGCAACUAAAAUAAAAUCCAAAUCAUUCUCAUACAUUGCAUAACCGAGGAACAAACUAAUUAGAAAAAAAUUAAGGUAAUAAUUAGUGAAGCAAACCAGCAUGUUGCGAACAAAAAGAAACGAA